AUUUUCAGUUGCUGUGAAUUAGCUAAGAAUGGUAAUGCAGUUUCAGGGGUUAGAAAAUCCAAUUCAAAUUAGUCCUCCCCACAGCCAUACACCGUCGGGAUUUGUUACAGAAAUGAUAAACGUGAAGCCUGCUAAAGGUAUGCUAACAGAACAAGCAUCAGGUCCACUGGGACAGAAUCUAGAUGUGGAGCCAUAUUCACAAUACAACAAUGUUCAGUUUCCCCAAGUUCAACCACAGAUUUCCUCAUCAUCCUAUUAUUCCAACCUGGGUGUCUACCCCCAGCAGCCUGAAGAGUGGUAUUCUCCUGGAAUAUAUGAACUCAGACGAAUGCCAGCUGAGACUCUGUACCAGGGAGAGACUGAGAUGGCAGAGAUGCCUGUAACAAAGAAGCCCCGAAUGGGUACAUCCGCAGGGAGAAUUAAAGGGGAUGAGCUGUGUGUUGUUUGUGGAGACAGAGCAUCUGGAUACCAUUACAAUGCACUGACCUGUGAGGGGUGCAAAGGUUUCUUCAGGAGAAGCAUUACCAAAAAUGCUGUGUACAAGUGUAAAAACGGGGGCAACUGUGUGAUGGAUAUGUACAUGCGAAGGAAGUGCCAGGAAUGUCGGCUAAGGAAGUGCAAAGAGAUGGGAAUGUUGGCUGAAUGUAUGUAUACAGGCUUGUUAACUGAAAUUCAGUGUAAAUCUAAACGACUGAGAAAAAAUGUGAAGCAGUAUGCAGAUCAGACCAUUAAUGAGGACAGCGAAGGACGGGACUUGCGACAAGUGACCUCAACGACUAAGUCAUGCAGGGAGAAAAAUGAACUCACCCCAGAUCAACAGAAUCUUCUACAUUAUAUUAUGGAUUCAUAUAGCAAACAGAGGAUGCCUCAGGAAAUCACAAAUAAAAUUUUAAAGGAAGAAUUCAGUGCAGAAGAAAAUUUUCUCAUUUUAACAGAAAUGGCUACCACUCAUGUACAGAUUCUUGUAGAAUUCACAAAAAAACUUCCAGGAUUUCAGACUUUGGACCAUGAAGACCAAAUUGCUUUGCUAAAAGGGUCUGCGGUUGAAGCUAUGUUCCUCCGGUCAGCUGAGAUUUUCAAUAAGAAACUGCCAGCUGGACAUGCUGACCUAUUGGAAGAAAGAAUUCGGAAGAGUGGUAUCUCUGAUGACUAUAUCACACCUAUGUUUAGUUUUUAUAAAAGUAUUGGGGAAUUGAAAAUGACUCAAGAAGAGUAUGCUCUCCUUACAGCGAUUGUUAUCCUCUCUCCAGAUAGACAAUACAUAAAGGAUAGAGAGGCAGUGGAGAAACUUCAGGAACCACUGCUCGAUGUGUUACAAAAACUGUGCAAGAUUCAUCAGCCUGAAAAUCCUCAGCAUUUUGCCUGUCUUCUGGGUCGCCUGACGGAAUUGCGGACAUUCAACCAUCACCACGCUGAGAUGCUGAUGUCAUGGAGAGUGAACGAUCACAAGUUUACCCCACUGCUCUGUGAAAUCUGGGAUGUGCAGUGUUGAGCUCCUUUCCCCCCUUGUGAUAUAAAUCUGAUGUACGACUUCCCUUUAUUUCAUUUGUACCUGGUUUCACUCAAAAAUCUUGAUGAAUAUUUAUGCAGUAAUUAUAUAACUUCCACAGCUGUAAAUAUGAGGUUAGAUAGAAUUACUUCUCUAUAUUAUAUCUUACAAGGCUUCAGGGAAUCCUACUUUCUAAUUGGCAUGCCCUGUUGCCUAAUUAAAUUGAUUGUCACUUCUAUUCUGUCUGUUGAACUGGGGGAAACCCAUUUUGCUCUUUCUCUUACUCUAUUGCUUCUAUUUUGUUAAAGAGUUGUGUUCAAUUUUAGCAAUAAACUGAACAUAAUGGCAAAAGG